CUGCUCGUGUGCGGCGGACAGUAGCGGAAGUUCCGCUCCGUCGUGAACUGGGACAGCAAGCGCACCUCUUACAGUGUAUGUGUGGCAACAACAUGUCUGUGCCGCUGCUCGCCGAGGCCGUGACAUUGUCCGGGACAGAGAAGGAGACCGCAGCGGUGAUCUUUCUUCAUGGGUUGGGAGACUCAGGGCAUGGGUGGGCAGACACUUUGACAGGGAUCCAGCCGCCUUACAUCAAGUUUAUUUGCCCCCACGCGCCCCAGAUGCCUGUCACUCUCAACAUGAGAAUGACGAUGCCCGCGUGGUUUGACCUUAUGGGUCUUAGUGCUGAUUCUCCAGAGGACGAAUCUGGAAUCAAGAAGGCAGCAGAUAGCAUCAAGGCCAUUAUCGAACAUGAGGCCAAAAAUGGGAUUCCCCCGCACCGUAUCAUCCUUGGUGGCUUCUCUCAGGGUGGGGCCUUGGCCUUGUACACUGCCUUGACCUGUCAGCACAACUUGGCUGGUGUUGUGGCUCUCAGUUGCUGGCUUCCACUCCAUAGGACCUUCCCAUCGGCGUCAAAUGCCAGCAAGAACCUCCCGAUCCUGCAGUGCCAUGGUGAGAUGGAUGCCAUGAUCCCCUGUCAUUUUGGUGCCAUGACAGCGGAAAAGCUCAAAAUCAUAGUCGACACACACAUGAUCUCUUUCAAAACCUACCCAGGGCUCUCUCAUAGCUCCUGUCCUCAGGAGAUGGCAAGUGUAAAGGACUUUAUUGAGAAGUAUUUGCCCCGGAUCUGACCUCGCCUCAUCUCCACUGUGACCUUCCAAGACACUGACCUACUUUGAGCUCACCCUUGAUCUGCCAUUCUCCCACAGGAAACAGCCAUUAGCGCCCCCCACACACACACACACACACCUCCACGAAACAACACACACUUGAUAAAUGAUAAUAAUAAACACUGCUUAACAAAACAGAUGCUUUUAUUAUAAUCCAGUCCAACAACUUUCAUACUGAAAACAGUCUCUCACAAGUCUUAGCCUAUUUAGAGGGAGAAACACCGAGAUGCAAAACAUUCCUUUUGGUUUGGAACAGUCACUGUCUGUUGCCUCUACAGCAUUUCUUUACCCUGUUUUCCCUAAUUUUAUCAAUCAUUGUUUUUUCACCUUCCCCUCUUACACUGCUGUUUUUGUUUUUGAUGACUGAAUUAGAUAAUCUGGUUAACAUUUUCCUGGUACGGUCUUCAACUGUACUUAUUACCAAAAAACCUAAUUGUGGUUCCCAUUUAUUUAUUAUUGAUGAGGCAGCAUUUUCUCUUGCUGACAUAUAGAUUGGCUUUUCUAAAUUCAUGAGUUCAGUCUAGCCGCAGUUUACACUCGUGAGGAUUCCAGCCCUGUUGGAUGAUUCCUGGUGUGUUUAAAAGACAUGGACUCAAAAUGGAUGUGCAUUAUUGGACCUCUGCAUCAUUUGACAAUACAAAUAGAAAGUCUGACUUCAAUGUAUUAAAUUCUGGACUUCACUUUUUUAUUUUUAUUUUUUUCAGAUAUAUUUUCACCAUUCCACCAUCUGAAUGAGCACUUGCGCCUGUUCGGGUGUCAAAUUCCUUCAGUCUUUGCCAGCUAACCAUGAAAAGUCCAUUGAGUGAACUAUCCAAAUCCAAACACAUAUUGUUUUUAUAUCGGGUGUGAUAAAUAUCUUCAGUCAUGAUCAAAACUCAAAUUAAAUAAAAGAAAACAAAACUAUUUGUUUCUACCCUGUGCUGUUUUUUUCACAACUGCUUGUUUGUGGUCUACUUUAACUUCACGUGACUCUGUGAACAUACCCCUGUUGGGUUUUUUUUGAUAAGAAAAGACUUUGCGGUGCAUAAAUGGUCUCUAGGCAUUGUAUGAAAUGACGUCUCUUCCCAGAUCUGCUCAGACUACACAUUGAGUUACUUCAUCGUAAUGCCCACCAACACCAUCUACAUUGAUCGAUUUCAGCACCACUCACCCCACAGAAAGCCUCCUCUGCAUGAGUCCCAGCUAAAAUUUAAAGUACAAUUGUUUGAAACUGGAACAAAAAAAAAACAAACAAAAUGCAUUUUUUCUUUCAUGUCACCAAAACAGUCCUGAGUUUAAAACCAAUGUAUACAGUUUAUUCAGAAGAAACAUUUUAACUUUUUGGCACCCUCCUUUUGUUUCCUGCUGUAACUCACUUUCAGAAUAUAAAAAGGCCAGAUUCAAUGUCUAACUCUACACUGUUAUGUUAAAAUGGCUAUCCAAAGGGAGUGCUUUGGCUGAAAGCUUUUCCAACAAUUGAAAAAGGGUGAUGACAAAAAAUAAUCCUGAAAAACUUGUGCUCCUUGGAUAUAGAAGUGUAACUCAAAGGACUUGUGUGCUUAAAAUAUAUAUAUCAGGUGUACUACAUUUUCCUUUGUGAAUAUUAAUUUUACUCUCGUGAUUUUUUUUUCUUUAUUGCUGUAAUUUCUUUGGGGGAGAGGGGGCGUUUAAAACAGGAAAUAUAGAUUGUUGUUUGCAAUCAAUGAAUGUCUCUCUUAUUCUCUUAUGUCCAUUGUUAUUUUUCUGUCAGUCUGAAUCUCUGAUUACAACCCUGCCUUUUAUUUAGGUUCUGUCCUCUUUGACACCUUCAUUUUUUUUAAUCUGGUGUUUUUCAUCUAAUGUGUGUUCUCUUGAGUUGCAUAUUGUCAUUGAUGAAUCUUUUUGCAUUUGCUUUCUUUGUUUGAUUGUGUUUUGUCAUUGUCAUUUCACCCUUUGUGUGUUUAAAAUAAGCAUUAAGAAAACUUCUUGAGGUGAGAUUGGAUGUUGCUUGUCUUCUUUUUUUUCCAAAACACCUGUAUGCAGAAUAAAUGACAUAAAAAGUCA